GAGAUGACUGUGCCACCACAGCGCCACUGGGUAGCGCUCACGCCUCUUGGCCAACUGCCGAUAUUCAGCCGUUGACUCUGCGUCCAACCCGAGACCUUUUCUUUAGGUAGACUAUAGUUCCCAGCCAAUUCCAAAUGAUCUGUUGAGAUCCUGCUUUGUCUCUGAAAGUCUUUGCCCACAGGCUACUUGACAAUGGCCCAGUUCCGACUUGACGGGUUUGCCCUUGUCGUUGGCGCGGCCGGGGGUAUCGGGCGAGAGGUCGCCUGCAUGUUCGCUGAAGCUGGCAUCAAAGGUGCAUUGCUUGCGGACAUCAAUUCCAAGGGAGCACAUGAAGCUGCGGAACAGAGCAAGGCCCUGGCAUCCAAUCCUGACUAUCGAUUCCAUUCCACCUCGGUUGAUGUCACGGACGCCGCGUCUGUGGAUGACAUGGUCAAACUUGCCGUAGAACGCUUUGGUCGUAUCGAUUACUGCAUUAAUGCUUUCGGAGUGGAUGUUUCCUCCUAUACUCCCUUCGAUCAGACCGAUCCCGACGAUUACGAUCGGGUACUUGGGAUCAACACUAAAGCCAUCUUCCUUGUGACACGCGCCGUCGGGAAGAUCAUGCGCUCUCAGGAGCCUAUCACAGUCAACCUCGGAAGACACGGAAGUCGGGAUACUGGCCGUGGGUCUAUCGUCAACGUGUCUUCGGCCAUGGCACUUGUGGCCGUGCCUGCAAAAGCGCCCUACACGACCUCUAAACAUGCCGUUACGGGCAUCACAAAAGCUGCGGCGACCGACUUGAAAGGGGAUGGAAUCCGUGUCAACCAGGUAUGCCCAUCAUGGGUGAGGACUCCAAUGUACGAGGAGGAAUGCCGUAGGAUUCCUCAGACACCCGAGAUCUUGAAGAAAUUAACUUCUUUGGAUCGUCCACUCGAGCCAGACGAGGUUGCCUCCGCUUGUCUGUACCUCUGCUGCCCUGCUACGAGGUACAUCAAUGCAGGUACUUUGCUCAUGGAUGCUGGAAUCACGGCUGCGGUCACCAUUUGAGCGCGUGGACAGCCGAGCUCUGUUCCAUACGAACCAUAAAGAAUACGGAAAGGCAAUGGAAAAUAGGGCACGAUUCCUAGUGCAACACGGAGGAACUAAGACGUCUAGUUCGUCGAUGGCAAAACAAGUCCUAUGGUGAAAAGACUUUGUAUGUGGCCGCAUAUGAAUACGUGAAAUGCGUCUCCCGAGUAUAAUGGUAU